AUGUAUCAACAAAUACUGAGAUAUAUAUCAAAUCUUUACUCCAAUCUCAAACAGAAAAUCAAUCAGGAAAACUUAUCAACUCCAACCCGCAAAUAGUUAAGUGGAAAUAAAGAACAAUGAGUUUUAUGUUGUAUUUAAUAGCGUUUUCCCAUUUCUCUGCUAACUCCCCCCCCCCCUCCGUGAGCGAACAAAACCAUUAGAAAAAUCGCCAUUUUUUGACCAAAAACCCACCCUCCGUGAGUGAACAAAAAUUUUUUUAAUAGAAAAAAUUUUAAUGGAAAAAAAUUUGGAUAUAUAAGUGAUAAUUAGUAUAAUGAAAUCUAGAGCUAAUUCUGUUUAAUUUUAAACAAAUUGCGUUUUAAAACAUAAAUUUUGCAAAUUAAAUUAAUAUUUGUUCCCAAUUUUUGCAAAUUAGGAUUUUUUUUAAAUUUCGAAAAAAAAUAUUUUUUAUAAAUUUAUAUAUAAAUUUUUUUUAAAAAAAAAAAAUUAACCCCCCUCCGUGAGCGAACAAAAUUUUUUUGUUCGCUCACGGAGGGGGGGGGGGGAGUAAAUAAAAUCUGUGUAGUAUUUUUUUACAUGCGAAGUUUUACUUCAUUUUUUAUAAUAAAAACUUUUUACUUCUCAUCAAUAUGAAAAAUUUCUUUCCAGUCACUUUGUAAUGAAAAAAAAAACUGAAUGAAAAAACUUCAUUGGAGCUUUUUCCACUCAACUCCUCGCAAAAGGCUUUUUUAUUCAAGAAUCAUCAUAAUGUUUGUUCUUAUGAUAAUUGUAAUAACGAAUACUUUUACUGCCACAGCUGUUCAGACUCGUCGUAUCUCUUGCCUUUGGGAUUUUUUAUUAGAAGCAACUAGCUUGAUCAAUCAGUAUUUUUUUAAACAUGAAAUUGCUAGGAAUAUUUUGUUGAUCAUAACUUCUGCUGCAAUGGAUAUUCUUGUCUUAUAUCAUGCAAUAAGCUUUAUGCUCUGAGGCAACUCUUUAAAACCUGUUAUUUGGCUAAUUUUAUAUAUUGGGCUAUGAUUUUUAUUUCAGUGGAUUUUCCUUAGUCCUCACAACAAAAUCGCUCGAAAACUCUCUAUUUUUUUGGCCAAAAGCCACCCUACGCAAGUGACAAAAAAAAUUUCCAAGAGAAAAAACUGUUUGUGAAAAGAUCUAGCUUGCAUUUUAAAAGAUAAAUUUUAUAAAUUAAAUUAAAUUUUCGCUUUCCAAUUUUUGCGACUUUUUUUUAAAUUUUGCAUAUGAAUUUUUAAAAAAAAUAUUAAACUCCUUUAUGCCAAACAAUUUUUUUUUUCGCUAACGGAGGGGGAGCUAUGAGGUUUCCCAGCGGCUUUACAUGGGGAUAUCCUGGAUUUCCAUCAUUAACUAUUUCAUAUAUAAAAUCAGCUGAUUUUUAUUUUUCAGCUAGAAUGGGUGCAUUAGUCUAUUUUGGUAUUUUAAGUCAUGAGAAAAAGAAUAAAUAUCUAACUUGGGCAGCAAUUAUUAACAUUAUUCUAAGUUUUUGGAUGAUGAUUUUUUUCAGAGCUCAUUAUUCAAUAGAUUUGAUUUUUGGAGGAAUUUUUGGGCAUUAUUGUAUAAUCAUAGCUCACCCCCCAUUUAUGUUUGAACAAAAAUAUAUUUGUUUCAAUUUAAAGGGGAUUAAUUUUUCUAUUAAAAAAUAAUAUAAAAUUUUUUAUAAUAAAAUAGUGCUUAUGAAUAUAAAAAUAUAAAAUUGAAAGCAAUAUUUAUGAAUUUUAAUUUAUAUUUAUCGAAAAUUAACUCAGAAUUUAAUCUAUUAAGAAUGCCAAAUUUUACUCCCUCCAUUCAAUUAGGCCAGAGCUAGUAUUUCACUUAAUUAAUUUUCAAUUAAAAAUAAAAUUUUGCUCCAAUUUAUAUUUAUUUCAAUUUAAAGGGGAAAUAAGUGAAAAGAUUUCGCCUUGGAUUGACAAGAAAACCAAACUGCAGUAG